AUGUCUGCAUCUUUGGAUCGUAAAAACACGCAGAAGCUUGAAAAUUUCAUUAUCCAUCGUCCUUCAAAGACAGAUUUAGUUGAGAAGAAUAUCUUGAAAUCUUCAUCUACAGCUCCUUCGUUGGUAGCAACACAAUUAUCACUUGAAAAGCAUCAAUUGGAGGAUACGCUUGUGAAAGAUCUGAUAAAGAGGCCAACACCUCAACAGCUCAAACAAAGGGGUAUUUUGAAGUCUGGUGUUGAAUUGAUCAAUCCACAAGCAGAGAGAGUACGCAGAGCUCAAGCUUUGGCUGUCAAUACCGCUGGCUCUAUUGGACUAGCAAACGUUGUUAAAUCAAAUUUGGGACCAAGGGGCACUAUUAAAAUGCUUGUUGAUGGUGCUGGAAACCUUAAAAUGACUAAAGAUGGAAAGGUGUUGCUCUCUGAGAUGCAAAUUCAAAAUCCAACUGCAGCUUUGAUCGCUAGAACUGCUGUCGCUCAAGACGAUCAAUGUGGUGAUGGUACUACUUCAGUUGUUUUACUCGUCGGUGAACUCCUCAAGCAAGCUGAAAGAGUCGUCCAAGAAGGUGUACACCCACGCGUUAUCGCUGAAGGUUUCGAAGUCGCCAAGAAAGAAGCUUUAACCUUCCUCGACAGCUACCGUCAAAAACCAACUUUAGAUAGAUCCACUUUGAUUAACAUCGCUUAUACCUCAUUGGCAACAAAGUUACACUCUUCGUUAGCUCAACAACUCGCAACUUCAGUCGUUGACGCUGUUUUAUCUAUCAAGCCAUCCUCAAAUGCAAACGAUGAACUCCUUGCUGAUCCAAUUGACUUGCAUAUGGUUGAAAUAAUGAAAAUGCAACACAAGACAGACACUGAUACUCGUCUCGUUAAAGGUUUAGUUUUAGAUCACGGUGCUAGACACCCCGAUAUGCCAAAGAGAGUUGAAAAUGCUUACAUUCUCACUCUGAAUGUUAGUUUGGAGUAUGAAAAAACUGAAGUCAACUCUUCUUUCUUCUAUAGCUCAGCUGAACAACGUGAAAAGCUCGUUGAAUCAGAGAGAAAGCACGUUGAUGCAAAGUUGAAAAAGAUCGUUGAGUUUAAGAACUUUGUUUGUGAUCAACAAGUAGACGCAAAGGACAAGAAGAAUUUUGUCAUUAUCAAUCAAAAGGGUAUUGAUCCAAUGAGUUUGGAUAUUCUCGCAAAGAAUGGUAUUUUGGGAUUACGUAGAGCUAAGAGAAGAAAUAUGGAAAGAUUGCAAUUGAUUUGUGGUGGUACUGCUCAAAACUCUGUCGAUGACUUAACACCUGAAGCAUUAGGAUAUGCAGGAUUAGUUUAUGAGCACACACUCGGUGAAGACAAAUUUACAUUCGUUGAGGAAGUAAAAGAUCCAAAAUCAGUUACACUCUUAAUUAAAGGACCAAACCAGCACACAAUAAACCAAAUCAAUGAUGCUUUGAGAGAUGGAUUGAGAAGUGUAAAGAACGCAAUUGAAGAUGACAGCCUGAUUCCAGGAGCAGGUGCAUUCGAGAUUGCACUCUCUGCUCAUCUCGCUGGACCAGUAAAGAAGGCAACAAAAGGUAGAGCUAAGUUAGGUGUUGAAGCAUUUGCAAACGCAAUGCUUGUUAUACCAAAGACUUUAGCUGCUAACGGUGGUUUCGAUAUACAAGAUGCUAUUGUUGGUUUGCAAGAGGAGCAAGCUGAAGGACACAUUGUUGGUUUAGACUUGAAGUCAGGUGAACCAUUCGAUCCAAUCGUUGAAGGAGUUUGGGAUAACUACAGAGUAAAGAGACAUAUGUUAGCAUCUUGCUCAGUAAUUGCAGUUAACGUACUCUCGGUGGAUGAAAUGUUGAAGGCAGGUAGAUCAGCAAAGUAA